GGCGCCGUCGCUAGGCAGAGCCGAGAGGGUCGAGCGCGGCAUUGCUGCUGCUGCUGUUGCUGCCGCUGCCGCUGGCGGGGCGCGUGGGGACGGCCCCCCAGUCGCCGUCCUUCCGUCCGAGGGCUGCGCGGGUCCCGUUAUCAUGUCGCUGAGGGAGCGCCUGACCCAGCUGUCUGUCUGUCUGCAGGAGCCGCAGAAAGUGGCCCGUUUCCAGCGGCUGUGCGGGGUGGAAGCGCCGCGGAGCGGCUCCACGGCGGCUGCCGCCGACCCGAGGGAAGAUGAGAGAGCGGGGGCGCUCCUCGCCGGAGAAGCCCGGUGCCGGGCGCGGCCACCGGGGGCGUCGGGAGGCCCCCAGCCGCCCGGCAGCGACCGCAAUCAGUGCCCGGCCAAGCCGGGUAGCGGCGGCGCCCCCAACGGCGUCCGGAACGGGCUGGCUGCCGAGUUGGGCCCGACCUCGCCGCGGCGCGCCGGUGCCCUGCGCCGCAACUCGCUGACGGGCGAGGAGGGGGAGCUGGCCGUCGUGAGCAACUGGCCGCUCUACUACCUGUUCUGCUUUGGCACGGAGCUGGGCAAUGAACUCUUUUACAUCCUGUUCUUCCCUUUCUGGAUCUGGAACCUGGAUCCCCUGGUGGGCCGGAGGCUCGUGGUCAUCUGGGUGCUGGUUAUGUACCUGGGCCAGUGCACCAAGGACAUCAUCCGCCGGCCCCGGCCCGCCGCGCCGCCGGUGGUCAAGCUGGAGGUCUUCUACAACUCCGAGUACAGCCUGCCCUCCACCCAUGCCAUGUCUGGCACCGCCAUCCCCAUCGCCAUGGUCCUCCUCACCUAUGGUCGCUGGGAGUAUCCCCUUAUAUAUGGACUGAUUCUUAUUCCCUGCUGGUGUUCUCUAGUUUGCCUAAGUAGAAUUUACAUGGGAAUGCACUCCAUUCUGGAUAUUAUUGCUGGAUUCCUAUAUACCCUUUUAAUCUUAGCUAUCUUCUAUCCGUUUACGGACCUGAUUGACAACUUCAACCAAACUCACAAAUAUGCUCCAUUAAUUAUCAUCGGGCUUCAUUUAGCAUUGGGGAUUUUUUCUUUUACUCUUGAUACCUGGAGUACAUCACGAGGAGACACAGCUGAGAUUCUAGGAAGUGGUGCUGGAAUUGCAUGUGGAUCUCAUAUUGCCUAUAAAGUGGGCUUAGUAUUAGAUCCUUCCCUGGAUAUGUUACCUUUAGCUAGGCCCCCCCUUACUGUGACUCUAUUUGGAAAAGCCAUAUUGCGGAUCUUUAUAGGGAUGGCAUUUGUAUUAUUAGUCAGAUGUGUGAUGAAAAAGGUCACCAUUCCUUUAGCAUGUAAAGUCUUCAGUAUACCGUGUGAUGAUAUUCGGAAAGCUAGACAGCACAUGGAAGUUGAACUUCCUUAUCGCUAUAUUACCUAUGGAAUGGUUGGUUUCACUAUUAGUUUUUUGGCUCCUUAUGUAUUUUUUUUUAUUGGUAUAUCCUGAUGAAGAAAGAUUGUUUAUGAUAAGAAAGGUGGGAAUCAGUUAAUGACAUACAAAAAUAUUUUCUAGGAAAAAGCCAACUCAGAGUUAGGCUUUUGCAGGAAUUUAACUUAAAUAAUUAUUUAAGUAAAUUCAUAAGGGCCAGUGCAUUUUAUCAUUGCACAUCCAGAUAUUGAUUUCAGCCAGCUGAGCUAUUUCAACACUGAAAAAUGAUAUGUGUCCAUUUAGAAUGUUUAGGUAACAUUUGGACAGUUUUGUGCUGUUAUGGAUUCAAGUUAUAUAUAAUAUAUAUUGAUAGAUACCUGUGUAUCUAGUAUAUGUUAUAUAUAAGACAAUAUGCCUAAGUUUUUUUAACUGGGGGUGAAUUAUAAAAUCAGUAAUAAUAUGCAAACAGUUGUUUCUGUGUAUUUGGACUUAAUACAGGUAUAUUGUUAUUAACAGAUAUAUUUAACAUUUAUUUACUGUGGGAGCCAUCUCCAGACUAUAUAAAUUACUAGACCAGAAUUCAUAUGCUACCACAUAUUGAUUUACUGCCUCUUUUUACACUGCCAUCAUCUUUCCUGUUACCCAUGAUGUUGAACAUGGGAGGCAUUUUAAUGGACCAAAUGUUCAGAAAAAUAAAUUUUUAGGUUUCUUUUUCCCAGUUCUGUACAUUGUGUUGAAUGUACUUUGUUUGCAGCCGUUCUGGACAUCAGUUUAAUAAUUCAGGUACUGAAUUCUACUGCUUGCUAGUUGUGCCUUUCUGUUGCUGAAUUAAGAAAUGCCAUAUAUACUGUGAUAUAAAAACAAGAUAAUAACUUUAAGAUACAUGUAAUCAGGCAAGUAUUUUAAAAACAUAUGUCAAGCUAACAGGGCUAAAAGCAAGCCACUCUUAAUUUUUUAGCCUAUAUUUAGAAAGAAAUGUGGAAUGGGCUAAACUUUCUCACUAAUUUGAUGGGAAGUUAAAUAAAUAUUUGCAUUUUUAAGGUAUUUUUCUGUGCAUUGUAAGUUACGGGAACAAAAUUUUUUUUUUGUUUAUGCUGCAGGUAGAUAUCUCAAUGAAUGGAAAUGUCAUCGAAAUUUAUAAAUGGGACAAUGCACAUGCUUUAUGUGUAAAGAAACCAUUUUUCUA